AUGCCUGAACCAGAUCCUGAGGCUGGCCGCACAUUCAUAUGGACCCUCAGUUGCAUUUUGUUUAUCUGUAUUGCUGCUGGAGGUGGCUGCCUUUUGGCCUACUUGACCGUUCCUGAAUCUCAAUCCUCUCUUUUGCUUCCUGUUCUUGGUUUUACCCUUGUUUCCCUGCCCUGGAUAUUUUGGAUCAUAACUGUAGUAUAUCGGAUAACGUCAAGGGCCUUUGGAUUCAGGAUGGUAAUUGGUAGCUUGUAUGGUAAUGGUAGUGUUGCGGCCAAAGGUGUUGAUGGUGGUGAUGGUGAUACAGCUGCCAGUGAUAAUGAUAUUAAUGGUGCGGAAAUUCUUGAUUUCAAUGCCAAAUCACCAUCAACUUCUCUUGAGGAUGAUCGAAGGGACGCUGAAUUUGGUGAAACUAAAAAUGGUGAUAUUGGCCAAGAAAGAAAUAUCAAGAGAGCUGGUAGCUCUUCCUCAAGCAGUUCAAAUUCCGUUACUUCACAUGAAAGUGAAAUGCCAUUGGCCGUAUCAAUGGCAUCAUGAUUUGGUGAACGAUUUGCAAAAUUAAUUCCAAGGAAGCAUAACAGGAUCAAUUGCAUAGGGUUG